AUGAAAUUGCACACGUUGGAUGUGUUCAAAUGCGACCAUUGCGGCAAGACCUUUCAGCUCGGACAGAACCUCGAAGCCCACCUCUUGACCCACACCGCGGAAAAGAAUUUGUCAUGCGAUUCGUGCGGCUUCCACACGAAAUUCGUCAGUCAUAUGAUCGCCCACAAACGGAUUCACGCAGCUGAGAUUCAUCGGUGUUCUUAUCCGCACUGCAAAUACACCACGUCGAAGAAAUCGCAACUGCUCAGCCACGCGAAGUCCCACAACGGCGCUCGGCCUCAUACCUGCGGCGUAUGCGGACGGGGUUUUAUGGAGAAAUCGCAUCUGGUCCGCCACGAACGAAUCCAUUUGGAAGAGAAACCGUUCAAAUGUUCGCACUGCGACUACGCCAGCUCGAGAAGGGACAAAUUGAAGGAACAUUAUACUAGACAUCACGGGGAGAAUGCUUCAGCUAAAGUCCCUUACAAGGCGAGACCAUUAAGAACUAACGUGGGAACCAGCAAAUCAAGAACAUUGACGAAUCAAGAUAAUUCAUCGACUACAUCGAACUCUAACAUUACAUUCACGCAUACGAAUAGCACAUCUGUCGCGCCUACAGGACAGGAAGUCGGUUCGGAUAUUCAGGAAUUAAUUAUGCAACAUCAGAAUCACUCGACAUCGACUGCUGCGAAUCUAACGGUUUUGAAUUCUUCGUAUCAUCAUUUCGGCGCGGCGGAGGCGGCGGAAUUUCAUCAAGCCCAUCCGUCGCACGCGCAACUCGCUAAUGCGAAUAUCAAUCAUCGAUCGACCGGCGGAAGCAAUCCUCAACCGCCGAACAAUCCCAUCGUUAAUCAUCACAUGCUUACGACGGUCAGGUCUAAUCCUUCUACAUCGACGGCGGCCGCCGUCGCCGCCGCUAUGAUGUUGGAUCCUAGAUUUCAUCAUAAUUCUGCGGUGCCGUACCAUCCGUCGAGUACUCCGGUGUCUAUGGCUAUGGCUGCAGUUCAGUCGUCUCAGAUACAGUCUACGAAUCAACAGUCUUUGCAAAAUUGUUUACCGUUGUUUUAA